AUGAAGGGAAUUCGUAAUGGUUCUGCAGUUGGGAGUAUUAUGUAUGCUCAAGUUUGUACACGUCCCGAUCUAGCAUAUAUGGUAACUAUGCUUGGUCGAUACCAAAGUAAUCCAAGUAUUGAUCAUUGGAAAGCAGUCAAGAAAGUACAACGUUAUCUGCAAGGAACUAAAGACUACAUGCUUACGUACAAAAGGACAGAUACCCUUGAGGUUAUUGGUUAUUCAGAUUCUGACUUUGCUGGAUGCUCGGAUACCCGGAAGUCUACUUUUGGAUAUAUUUUUAUGCUAACAGAUGGGCCUAUUUCAUGGAAGAGUCAAACGCAAUCACUAGUUGCCACUUCCACUAUAGAGGCCAAAUUCGUAGCAUGUUACGAAGCCACAUGUCAUGCAAUAUGGUUAAGAAAUUUUAUCACAGGAUUAAGUGUUGUUGAUUCAAUUACAUAA